CCCACUCACGCGCCGCUUCUUUUACUUAUGACUCUCCUUUCCCCUUUUCAUCACCAAAGCAAAAAUAAAAAGAAAAUCGUAUCUCUCUCUCUCUCUCUCACUCGCCGGCUUAUUCUCCGGUCAUCUCUUCUCCGUCGCUCAGAUCCGUCAAGUGAAUCGGAUUGGAGGGUGGUGCACACAAAAAAAACACUGGUCUUGGAUGUGUAAAUGAGCAUUAUCCACAGAUGUUGUUUGCAGCAGAAGGUGGAGGAUUCUUCUCUUCAUCAGCUUCUGGCUAUACCAACGGUUUAGCCGUUCUUCUACUAGGCCACAAGGAUGAACCCCCCAAAAAACCCGUUAGAGUAUCCCCGUGGAGACAUUAUCAUCUCGUAGUCGAAGAAACUACUGACACCAAGCUUCAGUUAGAUUCCUCUAAGAAAUGGCUCUCACGUGCCUGCAAUUCCCUCACGUGCUUCGGUCGCAAAUCUGAUAGACCCGAGGAAAAUCCUUCUCAGCCACCAGAUGAGGCGCCACCACCAGAGAGUGUGGAAUACGAAUGCGAAGUUGUUAGUAAUAGAUUUGCGCUUAAGAGCAGCCUCAAGAAAAGAUCUUUUAGCGAUGCUGUUCUUGCUGAUGAAGAUGAUGAUGAUGAUGUGGGUAGAGAUAAUGGUGUGUUGAAUCAUGCUGACAGAAGGAAAGUCCAGUGGCCUGACACUUGUGGUAUUGAGAUUGCUGAGGUCAGAGAGUUUGAGCCUAGUGAAGUGGAUGAACUGGAUGAUGAGUUGCAUCAUGGAAACAGAAAAAGCUGCAUGUGCACAAUCAUGUGACCAGAUCUUCGAUCAAGAAGAAGAAGCUAAAGACAUGUUUUCAGACUACAAAGGGCUUUUUCAUUGGCGCAGCUCAUAUUGUUGAGGUAGAUGCGCUCUUUUUCUGGCCAAGGGCUUCUGCACCUUUGACAUAUUUAUAUAUAUAUAUAUGGAGAAAGAGAUGCGUGUAGUUUUGGAUAAGAAGAGGAACUUUUGGAUGUGUACCUUUUGUAGCCACUUGAUGAUUUGUCAAAUUUGUGCUGAGUUAUAGAUUAUUCAAGAGUAUGUAACAA